AAUGGAAAGACCAUCCUGGCACCUGAUGGAUACUCCAACCAUCAAUGGUAGUGCAUUUAGGAAUAACAUGAGGUCUGGCUCCAACAUGCAGGAUUCCACUUCAACAUCAUUGCCAUUCAGAACAAGGUGCCACUCAUCCUCUGCAGCCUUCAGACUGAAUGGAAAGGCUAAUGAUGUCUUAGGGCCUCCGCAGAGCAAUCUAAGAGCCAGACAGGCAUUCAGCAAGCGAUCAGAGCCCAUUUUAAAUAAGAUGGUGGACUCCUCUGUGAUAAUCAAUGUGAAAAACCACAGACAAGAUCAACAUGCAACAAGUGAUUCAGAGGAUUCAGAGGCAACCUCUUCCAAAAGUAUAGGAGUCCCUCAGGUGCGUGCAAGUGCCCCUCAUGAGGUCAGAACAAUUUCCAACACUGCUGAGAAAUCCAUGAGAGUUACUGAGUGCCCGGUCUCUCCACACAUGACUAAUUGCACCUGUGGGUCCAGGGCUGACCAACAGGAUACUAAACUCCAGUUGCUUAGCUUGAGGGAAGCUCUUGAGCUAUUUCGUCCAGAUUUCAUCUAUCGCUCUCAGAAUCGGGUGUGGCAGUUGGAACAGAGGGCCAGGCAGAGGCGGAGCCUACAAACAGUUGCAUUUAUCAUGAGCAUGGAGACAGCUAACCCUCGGCAGAAUUGCACCAAACCACACCCACUUAGUGACAACCUUUUCAAACCCAGGGAUAGAGCCAUCUCAGGCAAGGAGAUGCAACAGAGAUCUAGACGGAUAUAUAACAAACUCCCUGAGGUGACUAGGAAAAGGGAGGAGAAAAGGAGGAGACUGGUGUCCCAUACCAACAGACUGAGGGCAGAGGUCUUCAAAAAGAAACUUUUGGAUCAGAUUCUUCAAAGGCACAGUGACUGAGAGGAGUGCCUGUUCACAAGAUUCAUACCCCCUUCUCUCUCCUUGCCUGGGGCAAAGAAUUAAAACAAGCAAGACUUUUGGAGCUCCCUCAUGAGAACAGAGCACACUUUUCUAAUACAUUUUUUCAAAUAUAAAAUACCUUUACUGGACCUAGGAUGCAUCCACACAAUUCAAAAAUGUGUGUCCGUGCCCUGUUGCGUGCUGUUCAAAAGAAAUUUGUUGUUGUUUUUCAAGAAAAGACACAUUGAUAGAAGCAAGAAAUUCAUGCAUUUAUUUAUGUACCAAUACAUAUCCUCAUUUACUGAAGACCUCUGAUGAGAUUCUAGACCAUAUUGGAGUCAGGGACAGUCAUUUCUCUGUAUUCUCUUGAAAAUUAGCUCAGCCAAAAUAAUCAUUGAAGAUAGUGUGGAGAGCUAAUUAAAAUCUGUUUUUAAAUUAUAUUUGACCCUACUUUUCAUGUUUUGUGGUUCAAUUAAAAAAAGCACAAUGCCACACAAUUUUAAUAUGGUAAUCUGGCCAGCAUGAGUAAUUUUCCAAAACAGAUGGUCUAAAUAAUAUCCUUUGACGUAUUUGUUCAAAAUAGCCUUUCCCUAUGCAAAAUGGUCAAACUUUGCCUCAUUCAGAACAUUGGAGAUUACCAAACAAAUUAUGUCACAUUCUGCCAAUCUUUUACGGACUUAUGUUAUUAUAAUAUUUAUUUUAUUACAUUUAUUUAUUUAUUUAUUUUUGCUUUGGUUCUGCAAUGAUUCCUCUCAUUUAUCUUAUUUAAAAAAUAAAAAAAAAAUUAUAUUCAGUAUACUCUGCAUACCCCGCCUUUCGCCCAAUGUUAGCUGGGAUAGGCUCCAGCCCCCCGCGACCCUGUACACAGGAUAAGCGGUUGACGAUGGAUGGAUGGAUACUCUGCAUAAUUUUUUCUCCAUUUAAAAUGGAUCAACCUUAUCGAGACAUAGUAUAUACAUAGUAAUGGAAAAUAUAACUGCAUCUGCCACUCCACUUAAGUAUUACAAUUACUACAUAUUACAAUAAAUUACAUACAGCUUGUUCUAACAUUAAAAUUAUUAUUUUUCUUAUAGGUCAUCAACAACAGUCUCACAUUCCUAUGUAUUAUUUGACAAAUGCAGUAAUGCUGCUUUAAAAUGCACAAUUGCCAUCUCUGUCCAGUACCUGGCUUUACUCAGAAUAAGUAGGCAAUUAUUACCCAAGUCAUAUUUUGGACAUUAUGUGGUCUUUCUGUAAUGGCCAAUUUCAACUUGUGGAGUGUCAGGGUUCAGCCACUUCUGUUGGUUGUGUUUAUAUUGUCUUUGUGGCUGAGCUCUGACACUCAUGUUUAGUGUCUUGUAUAGUCUGUGCCUGUAUGAGAAUGCAUGGCUUGCCUUAUUGGCAUUGUCAUGCGUUCUCUUGUCUUGUUUAUUGGCAUGAGUUCAUUGCUCUUAUGUCAUCCAUGCAGCAUGCACUUGUGUACAUUUUUUGUAUCUGUCUCUUGCAACCUCGUGUGUGUUUCGCGCUGGGCUUGCUUUGCGCUGUGCGUCCGGAUUGCAAUCCAUCUUCAUGUUGUCCUGGGGUGCCAGUUUAUUUGUGGCCAAACUCUCACACAGAUGUCCUGUCUCGUUUUGUCACAUGUUGUGUGCAUCAGGUGGUAUUUGCUUCACUGUGUAUGCUCAGGUUUUGUCUUGUAUGAGAGUGCAUGGCAUUGUUUUGUUGGCGUUGCCAUGCUUUCUCUUGUCUCAGCUGUUGUUUGGCAUGAGCGCAUGUUGCCUUGUAGUUUCGGGCGAUAUGCUCUCGUGUCAUUCAUGUGUUUGAAUCAAAGCACGUGCUUUGUUUAGGUUACGUAUUGCCACGUGUCUCUCAUUCUUACAUCAUACCCUGCCUCCUUGUCUGCUUAUUAUCAUUAUUUUAUUUGUUUCAACUGCCUUUCUUGUUAACCCAUUUGAUUUCUCUCAAUUGUUUCGUUUGCUCUUGCCCUUGUAUGCUCGUGUCUGCCUUCCCUGUUGGUUCAAGAUCUUCUAGUGUUUAUUCUAGUUUUGUUUUGUCUCCAUUGUGAGAAUUUUUUGUUAUGUAUGUUUUUUGCUUAAUUAAAUUAAGUUAAUUGUUGCCUAUCUGCGAUUGGGUUUCUGGUGCAGAACAUGAGAAUGUGGGGUAAUAGAAUUAAUGUGACAUAAUAGAAGAUGUGUUAGUCAGGAAACUCAGUGACAGAUUUUAGAUGACAGUUUGAAUGACAUGAUUAUAAAGCAGCGAAAUGUAACCUAUGCCGUGGUGUUAAAGUAUUCUGUGUUCAGCAAUUUGCAUUCAGAGCUGUAUACUUUGAUGUAAUACCUUGACAAUCUUGAGAAGGGAAAAGCAAACAAAUACUGUAUGUUGAUUUUGAACAUUUGUGGAAAAAUAAAUACUAAAAUAUUAACAUCCUUGAGUCUCUAAAGUUAGUAUGCUACCUGGUGUAAACCUUGAGAGUGUUAUUAUAGAAUGUCUUGCAUACCAAAAAGGAAAGAGAAAAAUUACCCCAUUAUAAAGAGGGAUAUUUGCAAAUUAACUCAG